AUGGGAAGCAAUGUUCCAGAACUGCAGGCAGCGCUUGGUGAAGGCACCAAAAUGAUUCACCAAUUAUGGGAAGAAAACAAGGAUUUACAGGGUCGAUUUGUAAAUGAUUUGGCGGAACUUCAACGUGCUCAAACACUCAUUGCCCAGUACGAAAGUGAGGGAAGAAGCGAUCAGGUUCGGCAUGCGCGGAGCCAGUUGACGGAAAUGCAGAGACACGCGUCGGCUCUCUACGAAAUGCUCAUCGUCAAACGCGCCGAGAUUUUCAAGAAAAUUAGUGAGGGAGCGAAUAUUAUGAGCAUCUUACAGGAGCAGCUUGUGAAUGAAAGAUUAUAUGAUUGGAAGAAUCGACAAAAAUUGGCCCAAAUUGGAAUGCCAUUUGAAGAAAAAGAUCAGAUUUUGGAUCAACUCCAACUCGAAUUUGAAUUUCUUGCUGAACAGAAUUGGCAACUUCACACAUUCACUUGCUGGAUGUUGGACCUUCUUCGUCGGGGUCCGCAGCUCAACGACAACAAUGCGCAGUCGGCGAUCAGCAAUUUGUCGAAUCUGAUGAAUCAGCUCAGCAAAUGCCUCUUCUGCCUGGUCUCACAGAGUUUCGUUGUUUCUGUUCAGCCAGAGCCCGUUCUCAAAACUCAACACAAAUUCGUCACUGAGGUUCGACUCUUGAUUGGAGAUAAACUCGGAAUUCGCCAGCACCUCGUCAAAUCAAGUGUGAUCGUCAAAAUCAUUUCGGAAGACGAGGCGAAACAACUUAGCGCUGGAAAAUUCAAUCAUCUCGAAAUUAAGCCAGUGGGGACCAUCAGCAAUGAUUAUGAGAAGAUUGUGAUGGACGAAAGAGGGCACAUGUCAGGCAAAUUCAAUAAUUCCAAAUUGACACGAAUCGCCCAUCGGAAGCCUCCGCCUAAAGGAAGUUCUGACGCGAAAAGUGCGCAGUGCAUGCAAGCAGCGACUGAUCAGAAAUACGCACUUCUUUUUCAUAUCGAUGAAUUUCAGUUGGGAAAUCUUGGAAAAUUUGACGUCUGGGCUUUAUCUUUGCCAAUUAUGGUUACUGUUCAUGGUUCUCAAGAUUGUGAUGCGCAAGUCGCAAUUCUCUGGCACAGAGCGUUUGCACCAGUGGCCCGCACUCCUUCCCAAACAGAAGUUUCUGCAGUUUCUUGGAACGACCUCGCCAUAAUGUUACGCAAUAAAUUCGCACUUUUCACUGGUGCUCGACGACAGUUAUCUGAUUCUGAUCUCAAGUACUUGUCGGAGAAGCUCGUGGUCAGCGAUGGCCAGGAUCAGAAACCAAUCACGUUCACACAGUUCGCGAAACAAGCGCUGCGCGAAGAUGUGCAGUUUUCGUUUUGGGAGUGGUUCUUCUCAAUAAUGCAGCUUAUCAAACAAAAACUUCUUAAAUUUUGGGAUGAAGGUUGGCUGGUCGGAUUUAUCUCAAAACACGAUGCUUCUGUGAUAAUGGUCAAUAAUAGAAGGCCUUGCUUCCUUAUUCGGUUUUCGGAUUCACAAACCGGUGCCAUUUCGAUCGGAUUUCUCGCCGACGAGGAUCCAUUCCAUUUGGCGCCGUUCUCCAUCAAAGACCUUGAUCAGUUAUCGCUCGCAUCACGAAUAGCUUCAUGUCCGCAGCUGAGAGAUAUCCAAUAUUUAUACCCAAAUAUAGACAAAGACGAGAUGUUGAGGCAUUUCGACACAGAAGAAAGACAUCGAAGACCUCCUGAUAGUCCGACCGGGUAUAUUCAGAGUGAAAUUGUGAUGGUCGCAAAAACGUGCGGAAGAGCUUCAAAUGCACCUUCAAUGUUUGGCACAGAUUCACCUGAGCCUUUAUCGAUUCAAUCAAAAUCUGAAUGGUCCCCAGGCGAGGUUCCCAAUGGGAAUCCGAUGGAUUUAAGUGAAUCUUUAUGCUUUAAAUCGGAUGAUAUUUCUGCCAUGCUUUUAGCCAGUGGAAUUGACCCGAUGCCCGCUGCAGACUCCGUCGAAUCCCUUCUUGGUCCGUCAUUCAAGCCGUUCAUUCCAGGAAGAGAUGGCAAUCUUCAAUUCUCAGAUAUGAAUUGUCAGGAGAUGAUGAAUCCUCAUGAACAAUUUUUCCAAUAA